AUGUCCAGUCCAACUCAGGAGAAACUCAUUCAUUCGGAAGAUGGCUUUAACGUAUACCUGACGAAACAAACCACUUCGAACAUCGGUUUUCGCUGGGACUUUCCCGUACCACUGGAAGCCCCAUUCGAUCUGUUCAAGGUGGAGAAAUGCUACAGCUGCAAGCGCAACCAAUGGCAAGUGGUGCACUGGGGAACGGCCUGGUCCGCCACGGUACGCAACCUGGAGCAGAAUCUGUGCUACUCGUUCCGGAUCAAUGUGCUGUGGCAGAACGAGGAGGACGAGAGUUUCGUGUGCGUCCGGAAGUCACAGAUCUUCAAAUCGUUCACCCUGCCGGACGUCCCUUCGACGAUGUCAAUUUUCAGGGCGGUGAAAAAGAGUCAACCGGCAUUGAUAAGGAAGCUAUUGAGUAUCAAACCGGAGCUGGUCAACGUCCCGGUUAAUGAGGAAACGUUGCUAUAUCAAGCUGUGCGGAACAACAAUCUGGAGGUGAUCGAUUUGCUGCUGGAAUUUGGAGCGAAUGUCAAUCUCGGAGUGCCGAGCAAUUCGGAGACUCCGUUGCAUUUGGCCAUCUACAACAAAAACAUCAAGAUCGCUAGACUUUUGAUCGAACACGGAGCGGAUAUUAAUGCCGGAAAUUGCAUCGGAAUGACUGCCGGGCACUAUGCAAUCGACACUAACGACCUGCACACGCUCAAAUUUGUACUUUCGCACGGUGGUAGCACCGAGGCACGCGAUCGCUGCAGUUGGACGUUGAUCUUCCGGGCAAUCUACAUGCAUGCCAGCACUGAGAUCAUCAAGCACCUAUUGGAGAGGAAGUGCCGGUUGAAGAUUCGUGACAAAAACCGGCUGAUGCCACUGGAUUACGCUCGGUUGACGGAUCAACAGGAGGUCAUCAAUCUGAUCAAGCGAAGACUCAAGAUCUAAGUGGAACGCCAUCGCACGGCAUCUUU